ACCACCGAUACGAAAGGAAUGGCCGCCAGAGACCAGCUGAGAGCUAGACGACCGUGUUAUACACACUAUUUGCAGGACAAUUAAACUGCGUUUUCAGAAAUGGCCAGUCUACAUAAAAAUCGACGGACAACGCUUGAACGCAUUGAGAAAUUUGUUUCUAGAAUAUACUUCACUGACGUCAAUUUGUAUGGUCGUAUUUACCCACAGCAAGAGAAUGUUGAUAUAUUUCAUUGGGCCUUACCUACGGAUAAACACUGGAAGAUAAUGUCCUUUGAUGAAGUUGUCAAACAAACAUUUACUCCUGUCUGUCUUGGGAGGUGUUUUGGUCCUACAUGGGCAACCCACUGGUUCAAGGUUAUUGUAAAGAUCCCUGAAUCUUGGUCUGGCAAGGAAAUUCAUCUCCGAUGGAAUUCCAGCUCAGAGGCACUACUGUUCAAUUCACUUGGAGACCCUCUUCAGGGAUUUACUGGGAGCCCUGAUCACCAGAAACGAGAAGAAUUCAUCAUUUCAAAAUCUUGGGAGUGGAAAGAAACAGGACAGGAAAUGGUUUAUUACAUCGAAAUGGCUUGUAAUAGCAUGUUUGGAGCUGGCAAAGGAGGAAUGAUUGACGCUCCCGAUCUCGACAGAAAAUAUGCAUUAGAAAUGGCAAACAUUGCUGUAUGCGAUACGGUUGCAUAUCGCCUUCUAAUAGAUCUCGAACUGUUGUUUGAAAUGGCCAAAGAACUGACAGAUGUAGAUGGAAAGGGGGACAGUCGUGGCUAUCAAGCUUUGUACGCCGGCAACCAAAUUAUAAACGCCAUUCAAGCCGAUAAUUGGAAUGAAGCUCAACGCAUCUCUAAUGACUUCUUCAAGCACCGGAAUGGCCAACGUGCACAUGUUAUAGACGCAAUGGGUCAUUGUCACAUCGACACUGCGUGGCUGUGGCCAUACGAUGAAACGAUCCGAAAGUGCGCCAGGAGUUGGGCAUCAGUGAUAGCUCUUAUGAAAGACUAUCCAGAAAUGACGUUUGUUUGCUCGCAAGCUCAACAGUUCAGCUGGGUGAAACAGCACUACCCUUCAUUAUUCAAGGAGAUUAAACAUUUCGUCGAUCUGGGCCGAUUUAUACCAGUUGGUGGAACAUGGGUGGAAAUGGACGGCAACAUACCAAGCGGCGAAUCUUUCAUUCGGCAAUUUUUGUAUGGACAACGAUUCUUUAUAAAAGAAUUUGGUAUGCGAUCGCAAGAGUUUUGGCUACCAGACACCUUCGGAUAUUCAGCACAGACCCCGCAAAUUCUUAGGCAUGUUGGAAUUUCGAGAUUCUUGACGCAGAAGUUGAGUUGGAAUCUGGUGAAUAAAUUCCCGCAUCACAAUUUCUUGUGGGAAGGACUUGAUGGGAGCACAGUUCUGGUCCAUUUUCCACCGGGGGAUUCGUACGAGGCCAACUGCAAAGUGAGUGAAGCAUUGAAAACAGAACGAAACUUGUUGGAUAAAGGGCGUGUGACGAAAUCUGUCAUGCUUUACGGCUAUGGAGAUGGCGGUGGAGGACCUCACAAACCGAUGCUGGAUCGCAUGGAACGAUUAAAAGAUGUUGAUGGCGUCCCUAAACUAAUGAAUUCUACACCCAAUAAAUUCUUUGAAAAUUUGGAAGCGGAAAGUUCGCAGCUUUGUCGUUGGGUUGGGGAACUUUAUUUAGAGCUUCACAACGGCACUUACACAUCUCAAGCUGAUAUGAAAAAAUUUAACCGUUGCUGUGAAUAUAAAUUGCGGGAUGCUGAACUUCUACUGGCUGUUUCGUUGGCUUUGGAUCGGAUCCCACUCGUGGACGUGGUCGGCUUACGAACUAACAUAGAUGAAGCUUGGCGACUUCUACUAGUGAAUCAAUUUCAUGACGUAUUACCGGGAUCAUCUAUAGAGUUGGUGCAUACCGAAGCCAAGCAAUGGUUCCGAAAAUCCCUCCAAUUAGCAGAAGAAGUUGUUGAACGCUGCUUUGCUUAUCUUCAAGGCAAAGCCAACCAACAAUUAACUACUCGUUCGUUCGUGAACACCCUCCCAUGGGCAAGAAAUGCUUUAAUCUACGAGGAAGAGAAAGCGGUUCGAGCCGUCAAUGUCCAACCUAUGAGCUGGUGUGUGAAAGAACUCGGUGGUGUUCCUCCUGUUGUUAUAGAUAAAACGGGAGGAAUCUAUAAGAUAUCCAAUCAAUGGUUUUCAGUGGAAAUUGAUUCGUGUGGCCGUAUUAUAUCCAUGAUCCAUCAUGCUAGUGGCAACCAGGUCAUUCCUGCCCAAUCUUUUGGAAAUCAACUUGUUCUUUUUGAUGAUAUCCCUCUUUAUUGGGAUGCAUGGGAUAGCAUGGACUAUCACAUAGAAACUAGAAAAGCGGUGAAUCGUCCUUCGUCCACCGAAGAAGAAGUUCAUGUAGAAUUGGAAACUCCGCUUAAGGUGACUUUAAAGUGGAGCCAGAGUGUGGGCAAACACAGUCACGUUCAUCAGAAGAUCCAUAUCACCGCAGUAGAUUGUUUCGUUAAAUUCGAAACUCGUGUUGAAUGGGCCGAAAAUAGGAAGUUUUUAAAAGUCGAGUUUCCUGUUGAAGUUCACGCCAAUCAGGCAUCAUUUGACACUCAAUUUGGAUUCUUGAAUCGGCCUAAUCAUAAAAACACUUCGUGGGAUUCAGCAAAGUUUGAGGUUUGCGGACAUAAAUGGGCAGACUUAUCAGAACCCGCAUGGGGUGUAUCUGUUUUGAACGAUUCAAAGUACGGAUGGAGUGUCCAUGGGAAAACAAUCACGAUGUCCUUGCUACGGUCACCUAAAGCUCCAGACGCUAACUGUGAUAUGCAAGAACACUUCUUCCGCUAUGCAUUAAUGCCGCAUCAUGGCCUGAAAUCGAGAUUCGAUGUAAUCAAAGAAUCAUAUAACUUUAACUGUGAGAUGAUUUCAACCAAAAUUGCAGACGACACUAAUGUUUCUGGUUCGUGGUUCACUGUGGAUUCGACUUCCACCGUUCUUGAAACUGUCAAACCCUGCGAACCGAUGCUCGAUAAUGAGGACGCUCCAGUAAAGAAAAUCUUGCUUCGACUUUUUGAAUCGUGUGGUGACCGGACACAAGCCAGGAUUGAAACAAGUCUUCCAUUAUUGAAUUACACAUUGUGCAAUGGCUUGGAAGAACCAAUGGGACCCACGUUACCAUUAGAAGUGUCUGCCAAUGGAAAGAAGUACUUCACUGCCUCAUUCACACCAUUCCAAGUAAAAAGUUUUUUACUUUUGUUCUGAAAAUAUAAUUCGUUAUAACAUGGUGAAAUUACAAAAUAAAAAGGGUGAUGGUGAUUGAUUG